CUUAAAGUUCCUCUCCCUGAGAUAAAAGAUCCCCAAACAUGGAAAAUCGUGAAGAAAACGUCUGUAAAUUAUGUUUGAAAACUAAAGCUAAGUACACAUGUCCUCGCUGUAACAUCCAAUAUUGCUCAUUAGAAUGUUACAAGGGGGAAAAACAUGUGCAAUGUUCAGAGAAUUUUUACAAGGAAUGUUUUAUGGAAGGAUUGAAAGACUUUGGUUCCAGCAAAGAAGAUAAACAGAAUGUUUUAGAGAUGUUACAGAGAGUCAAAGAUGAAGAUCCUGGUUUUGAUUCAGAUGAUGAUAAUGAAGAUUUGGAGGCUAGGCUAGAAGGUUUGGAUUUAGAAACAGAUAGCAAGACUGUUUGGAAUAAAUUAACAGACAAAGAAAAGAAAGAGUUUGAGAGGUUGAUGGCAGGUGGAGAGUUAUCUACCUUGGUUGAAGUUUGGGCACCAUGGUGGAAUGAUAAGGUUUUGAUAUCAGAAAUGAAUGACAGAAAAGUAAAGACAAGAAUCCCAGCUAUUCAGAAGGAUAUAACUGAUAUUUCAACUUUAUUGUCAAAAGGGAAGCCCUCAGCAGAUCUAAAGAACAAUGUCAUUAACGUUCUGUAUGCCUACUGUUUUAUUUGUCGACUUUACAAUGGAGAUCACAUGUCAUUCCAAAUAGAGGUUACUAAGGAAGUCCUAUCCGUUAGUAAAGUACUAAGUGGUACAGCAGUGUGCGGCAGUCCUCCUGAGGCAAUACAGAUGUGUUUUCAAUGUUUACAAAGUAGGGAUAAAGAAAAUUUGACCUCACGACAAUUCAACAUAUCACUGAUAGAGGAUGUCAUCAGAAUAAUACAGGGACCCAGUCAAUAUGAUCCUUUACAGUUUGUUAUGUCUGCCUUGUCAGAACUGGUCCUGUUGUUCCAUAAGACCAUGUCAGAAUUGACAACAGGUAUGUUAUACAGGGACCCAGUCAAUAUGAUCCUUUACAGUUUGUUAUGUCUGCCUUGUCAGAACUGGUCCUGUUGUUCCAUAAGACCAUACCAUGUCAGAAUUGACAACAGGUAUGUUAUACAGGGACCCAGUCAAUAUGAUCCUUUACAGUUUGUUAUGACUGCCUUGUCAGAACUGGUCCUGUUGUUCCAUAAGGCCAUGUCAGAAUUGACAACAGAUAUAAAGAAAAGUAAAGAAGAGAAGACCCGACUUGAAAACAAAGAUUUAAAAAAGAAAGUGUUUAUAAGUUUGAAGAAAGUGGAGUUUUUAUUAAGCUGGACACAAAGAUUUGGUAUGGCAUUACAGUCAGCAGUGACAGAGCUCCAAUUAGAGUUUUGUGCCAUGAGCAGUGAUUUAGCAGAAGUGAAUGAAACCAAACAAAAAGUAGAACAUUUCCAAAAAGAAAAACAACUGAAAGACAAUAGAAAACUUGUUCAAGAGAUAUAGAUACUAUGAAUGAAAAUAUC